GUCGGGAGGAUAUUGUUUAUAUAGGAUGCGAAGUUUAUCUUCUUUAAUAAUGAUGAGAUCUGCCUUAUUGAUCCAUAUCUAACUUAGAAUCUGGAAUUGAGGCGAAUUGGCUAUCACUAGAAGGAUGUCGAACAAGGAAAGAUCUGCGACCGCUUAGCGGUAAUGCCCAUUUUUUUUCAGCGAUGUAUCGGAUUCCCACAGAACAGGUCCGUGCUACUGGUGGCGGUUUCGUCCCAGUCCCACAGGUCGAUGCUUCGGACGAUCAUAGUGAAAACGAACAAGAAAAUUCCGGGACACCUCAAACUCGGAAAUGGACACCCAAUGAUUUUCGCAGUCAAGUGCAACAAGUUCUCCGUCGGCAGAACCAAGAACAAGAGAGCGUCCGUAAUUCACCCGCCUUUUCCGAUACCACGCUUGUUGGAGGUGAUUAUUUAGAUGUUCCACUUCGGCAUUAUGAGGAGGAGCAUUAUGUGGAAUACCUUGGCGGCUACUACGGCCCCGAAGCCGCAAACCUUUCGCCAACGCCAAGUACCAAAGCUGGUCUUGAGAUAGAAGUUUUCCCUGUGUCUCUCGGUCCUGACUUGUCCCCUGGAGGACUAUGCGUCGACGACGCGUGGAAUGACACUAGUUAUCACGGUUCGGGAGGCGAGAUCGAUGGGGAACAGCCCAGUACACCUCAAAAUUAUAAACCUCUGAGCUUAAGGAAGAGGUUUCUGAUAACUCUCCUGUCAUUUCUGAUAAUCCUUAUUGUUCUGGCUGAACUAGCUAUACAACUCCUCCCUAAUGAUUCUGGAGUUGCCGUGUCCUCUCAAGCCUACGAGAACGCGACAAAGGUCCGCCUGCGGUCCAUUCUUAUUCGUAGAGCCGACGUAUUUAAUCAGUCAUCAUUGCGCGGGCGUCAGAAUGGCACCCAUGAUGUUGACCCGGUACCUGAGACGACAACAAGCACACAAACGGCUUCAAUCUCAACCCCUGAUAUAAUAAUUAUAUCUACGAGUUCUGCAGUGUUAACGACACCCUCCUCUAGUUCGUCAGUAGAGGACUCGUCUGGGCGGGAUGCAACUACGGGGGGCCUUAGCACGAGUAGUGCUGGAACAUCAAUCUCAAUAUCCGACGUAACCGGACCUCCAGCUAGUACAGCCUCAACCCCUUCUCCCUCAUCUUUGACCACUAGUAUAUCUCAAGCUGAGCCGCCCUCUACGCCUUCAUCCACACCACCCCCACCAACUACUACCACUACUACAUCAGACAGCCAACCCUCGUCAACUCUUAUUCAUUCGUCGUCUUCUUCGCCGACUUCUUCGUUUUCUUUUACACUCCCUUCGCCACCCCUCUCAACAUCAUCAUCGGAAUCCUUACCACUGACCCCAUCGGAAACUGAAACCGAAGAGCCCACAUCGUCGCACAGUAGUUUAUUCUCUACGGCUCCGAUAACAUCCAUCACUUCUACCAUCUUACCGCCAACAGAUGGCAUCACAACGACCUCUGGACCAGGAAAUCCCUUACCGGGGCCAACUUCAGACCAUUUAAGCGAACCUAGCCACCCAGGUGCACCCACAAAACCAGGAGAGCAGAGACCGCCGAGUUCUUCCUCGCUGCCUACUGGUGGUGAAAGUAGCUUCACGCUAUCAAGUCCUACAGCACCCACGCUUUCAUGGCCAACACACUCAUUCUCAACAUCGCUCAUUAGUUUUCCAUCUUGGCCUACAAGUCUGGAUCCCACGCUAACAGGACCUAUAUUGACUUUCCCUACACUAACCUUACCUUCACUUACUUUACCUACGUUCACUCGUAGCUCGCCAACAAUCUCGUCCAGCAGCCCCGAAACAUCCGCAUCUACGAGCCUCUCGUUUCCAGGCUCGACGAACUCUCAAGGAUCUACGGACAAUCCGUCAAGUACAAGUGAAAACCCCCCAGGGAAUGGCCAAAGUUCAACUACCGUCUCCACUGUCACUGCGAUUACACUCACUACGUCGAAUACUUUAUCAAGUACUUCUUCGGGCCGUUCAGACUCUCAUACCACCCCAACCGAUACGCCAAGCUCUACUACAGAGGACAAUACGAGUCGAACAGCAGAGCCACCAAGCUCCAUUUCUGAGCCUGCCGUGACAAUUACCACAGCCCCCAAUGGGUGGCCGCGGCCUCCGGCUAUCACUACAACGAUAGUAACUUCGGUAACUGAAAGCGAUGGGGGCCACUUAGAAACCACUUUGAGGGUUAUUACCUACCCCAUAAAAGCCGACAACAAUGACGAAAUGGAAGAAUGGGUUUCUAGGCAUACGGACUCGGCCAAUUCGGUGUGGACGGAGACUUUACUCGAACAAAAACUUACGGAAACAAUUUACACUGUCAUUAAUGGAACAUCCACCACCCAAACUAUACACAAGUUGACGCCACCUUCCAAGACAACACUCACAGACUUCCAAGGGCGAGCUACUGCCACCGAAGAUUACUAUCUUGUUCAAACCACUGAAGUAAUACGUGACAUGUAUGGCCGGCCAACAGCUACGCUUACUUCUAUGAUCCCGGAAACACCAAUGGUCACUACCCUCUUCAAUAGCGAUGGCAUAGCUACGAAGACUCAAACUAAACUAGUCCCCAUGUCCGUAACAACUACUGUGAUAACGGUGCCGACACCAAAGGCUUCUCCAGAGGCAGAAAACAAGCAAUUAGAUAUAGAACCGAUAUCAAAUGGGAAGUACUUCUUGGGUCUCAUGCUCCCCAUGUUCAUUGCCAGUAUGAUAUCAAUUCCGAUCCGGAUGAUUGAUCAAUCAGCAAGGCUCUUCCAACCAUUCCACGCUUUAUCAUCGUCGCGUGGAGUACGAGCUUGCGAUAGUAUUUGUUUCCAGACGGCGAAUGUAUGGAGUUUGACGGCACGCUUCCGCUCAUUACUAAACGGCCAGGUUCUUCUCACACUGACUGGACUCUUGGCAUUAGGAAGUGUUAUCAUGAUUCCCAUAAGCUCCGAAGCCGUUCGUAUCAUCUUGGAGGGCCCGGACUGUGCUGCGACGAACGCAGAUAGACUUACCUGCAAAAUGGUGUUGGGGGUUAAUUCAAUACCGGCGCAAUUUUGCGUUGGACUCCUGGCAUUCAUGGUGGUCCUUACCAUUGUAAUCAUAAUUGUACUCCGGAAAUACUUCACCGGAGUUAACUGCAACCCGUGGAAUUUCUUUAAGUUGGGUCAUUUAGCAGCUAACAGCGAAAUUCGGACCCUUCUGUUACGAAAAUUACAAGGGAAGAAUGGUCAAAUUACGAACAAGGAAGCAAAUAAGGCCUUCGCUGGGAUACCAUUCGUCAUUGAUUACUGGAAGGACAACGGGGGCCUCAAAUAUGGACUCCUAAUCCCGAACCAAGUUAAAUUGUUAAAGAAAGAAGGGAAGUCGGUAACCUUCGCGAAUAAAAAGGCACGGCCGCGGCGAACUCGAGAUUCAAUGCCCUUUUUUGCCCUUACGUGGAUUGGAAGGGUACUCUUCCUCGCGUUAAUAUGCACUACCAUAAUAUUAUUGUUAGUGUUUGAAAUUGCGGGGGAGGGUCAGGGGUACAAGCAGUUUUUGAUGGGUAGAUGGCGUGUGGUACGGUUGAUCCUCGUCUGCAUCGGUGUUCUGAUUACAUUGAUCUGGUGGUCUUUCUUAUAUGCUGUUGCGUUCAUGAGUCCUCACAUAUUACUCCAUCGCAUUCGACUCUACAAUGGAGAGGCGGUACGUAUGACACCGCCCACUGAUCCCAUUAGUGGCAUUCGGUCUUCACUGACGCCCGGACGCCGAGACAUUUAUCUUGGACUUGUGUCCGCGAUCUGCAUACUAUCCGAGAUCCUCCCUAUGCUUCUCGCCGUUGCUCUGGAUAAAUGCACUGAGAGCUUUUGGGCCCACACAGUAUGUCUUUGGUUAGCUGUGAGCGUACUGAGCAUAUCGAUGUUUACAGUAGCUGGGUCGUUCUUCGUCACAUGGCCGAACAUGCCUAUUGACCCCAGUACUGUUGCAGGGGGAAUGUAUUACGCCUUAACUAAAUUUGUGUCGAUGAGUCCGUCAUCAGGAUUACUCCUCGGUAUGGUCUAGUUUGACGAGACUAAGUACACGGAAAAGAAAAGCGCAUACAUGGCACACGAAAUGAGUGG